AUUCGACUACCGGCUGCUUUAAAGUAGAGUGCUUCCGGGUCAGGGCUCUCUCUUUCGCUCCGCAUCGGGUUGCAGCGAUGGUGAACGUCCCGAAGACCCGCAGGACGUACUGCAAGAAGUGCAAGAAGCACUCCACCCACAAAGUGAGCCAGUACAAGAAGGGAAAGGAUUCCCUCUACGCACAGGGUAAGAGGAGAUACGACAGAAAGCAGUCCGGCUAUGGAGGACAGACCAAGCCCAUCUUCAGGAAAAAGGCCAAGACCACAAAGAAGAUUGUGCUGAGGCUGGAGUGUGUGGAGCCCAACUGCAGAUCAAAGCGUAUGCUGGCCAUCAAGAGAUGCAAGCACUUUGAGUUGGGAGGUGACAAGAAGAGAAAGGGCCAGGUCAUCCAGUUCUAAGCUGUGGCUGUGUCUUGUGGAAAUGGUCACUGUUAAUAAAACGUUGGAAACUAAAA